CGGGAAAUCAAUUCCAUUUGGAUCAAUAAAGCAUGCUAUUAAGCAUAAAAAACUUCGUGGUUAUUUAAGUUCUGCUCAAGCUUUAGCAGAUUAUGCAGAGGUUUUGCUACGCGUAAAACAAGAUUAUAGCGCUCAAAGUUCAUCAAUCAUUGUUGUUGGAGGAUCUUAUGGGGGCAUGCUUGCGGCUUGGUUUCGAUUGAAGUAUCCUCACAUUGCUCUUGGUGCCUUAGCUUCAUCAGCUCCAAUUCUCUACUUUGAUAAUAUGACACGUGCAGAUGGAUAUUAUUCCGUAGCUUCCAAAGAUUUCAGGGAAGUUAGUGAAAGUUGUUAUCAAACGAUACGACAAUCAUGGUCCGUUAUUGAUAAGUUUGCUUCCAAUCCGAGGGGUCUCUCCAUUCUUAGUGAGAAAUUCAAACUUUGCAAGAAAUUAAAUUCGUCAGACAAUGCGGCGGAGCUGAAGAAUUACUUGGAGGUCAUAUAUAUCGUUGCCGCUCAAUAUGACGCUCCACCGGAGUAUCCGGUGACGAAGGUGUGCGGUGGCAUAGACGGUGAGCCCAAAGGGACUGAUAUUCUUGGUCGCAUACAAGCCGGCGUCAUGGCCUAUUCAGGAAACUUUUCCUGUUAUGACAUUCCGUCUUCUGAUCCCACCAACAUUGCAUGGGAUUGGCAAACUUGUACUGAAAUGGUGAUACCAAUUUGGACGGGGUACAAUAACGACACAAUGUUCGUUCCUGAUCAUUUCGACAUGAACCAAUACUUGGAAUAUUGCAACUAUUCCUACGGGGUUCAACCCCGAAUACACUGGAUCACAACUUACUACGGAGGACACGAUAUUAAAUCUAUUCUGAAGAGGUUUGGCAGUAACAUAAUUUUCUCCAAUGGUUUAAGAGACCCGUACAGCAUCGGAGGGGUUUUACAGAACAUAUCAGAUACCAUACUUGCUGUCUAUACACCAAAAGGAUCUCAUUGUUUGGAUCUGCAUGGGGCAAAGAAAACUGACCCAGCAUGGUUAACUCAACAACGGGAUACUGAAGUCAAAAUUAUACAAAGUUGGAUAACGAAGCAAUGAGUCUAAAUUUCACCCCUCAAGAAUAAAAGAGAUUCAGCAUCACAUCAUCAUAUCAAACUUAUUAUCGGAACCCAUCACCCACACUAGUGACACUACUACGUUUAUAUUGUAAUCG